AUGCCUAAGGAGAGAACUAGGGAGUUAAUCAGGGAUAGUGAUAGUUCUAAUUAUUCUGAGUUUUAUAAAAUUGAAUAUGACCUUGAUGAGGAUGACAGAUUGUAUGAGACAAAUGUGGAUAAAGAUGUUGAAUGGGUUGGUGUAGGUGAUAAGGGCAAGGGUGUGAAGGAUGAUUCAGAUGAAUUAAGUAGUUUUGAUGAUUCAUCUUCAAAGGAUGAUGGUGUCAAUGAAAUGUAUGAGAAGGACACAAUGAGAGUGAUGGAGACUAGUGACCACUCGAGGAAAGAUAAUAGCUCUUUUCCUCAGGCUGAUACUAGAAGCCCAACUAGUCCAACGGAGGAAAUUCAGGAAGCAAAUAAGGAAACUUUGGAUAUCACAGAGGAGGAAAUUCGAGAUACAAGAAAGGAAACUUUGAAGAAGAAAAUGGAGGAUAUUCGGGAGACAAGUACUGAAGCUCUAGAGACUGUAACAAUGGCGAAUCCCAAUGAUCAGCUGAAAAUGCAGAAUUCUGAUUUCUCAUUCCUGGUGGAACGGGAUUAUAGUUGUGCUGAAAAUUUGGAUCUCCCUUAG